AUGGAGCUUCUUGACCUUCCUAUCGAAGUACUGAAACUGAUUGUUUCCGAAAUGAUGAAUGUUAUAACUUUUCGUAGAGCUAAUAGGCUGCAACUCAUCAACAGAACUGUGAUCGAUUAUAUGUUCGAUCGACACAACGUGCACCGCUUAACUGGAUGUCGCGCCCGCAGAAAGAGCGUCAAGCUCAUAUGUGCAGAGUACAUACGAUCAAAGAUCGAGAACGAUGACAUCCGACUGAGUCCAUUGUCCACUGCUAUACGUCGCGCCAUCUCUCUUCUAGAGAACCUCUGUGUGUCAGACGAUAAGCUUCUUUCAGAUGCACAGAGGCGAGCAUAUAUACGUAUAUUCUCUGAAUCUGCCACUGAUCACAUGGGAAUACGAGCAAUAUCCCAAAACCUACUUCCUAGCCCGACAGUGUCUGAAAACUUGGAAGAGGAUCUCAGCGCUGCACUGACUAUCGCUUCUGCACUUGGAGACAUCAAUACGAUCACGGCGCUUCUCAAAAAAGGCGCUGAUCUCACCAGCCAAAAUCCAUUCUUCUUGCAUCCCAUGGAUACAGCGGUUAAGCACGGCCAACUCUUAGCCCUCCAGGAACUCCUCAGGUAUGGCAAACCUCAGGACCGUACACUUCGGUUAGCAUGUCGUGCAGGUCACAUCGACAUAGUUCAAGUCUUGUACAAUCAGCUAAAGCCAAGCUUGCUUCGGUCGUCGCUGUCAUCCUACGGCAAUAUAGAGUCGCUGGUUGGAGAGGCCGUAGCAAGUGGUUCUCUUCCCUUGGUUGACUACUUCCUUCAGCCAGGUCAGCCCUUCCGUUCCCGGCUAAGGGAGGCAGCUUUUUGCACGGCCUGCUCUUUCGGCAACCUGGAACUCAUAACGCGGCUACUAGAUUGUGGUGUCGACGUCAACGUUCUGGACUUUGCCGGGUUCACGGGAAUUGAACUGGCCGCCGAGAACGGCGAACUAGACACCGUCAAGCUAUUGUUGGAAAGAGACUUUAAUACAAAGCAUAUAUUUUUUCACCAUGCUUUACUGUGGGCUGCGAGAGAAGGACAUAUAGAAGUGGCAAAGGUGCUGCUUGAUCACGGUGCCAAUAUCGAUUACAGAAGACUUAGACCUGUGAGUAAUUUAGAUUGCUUUGGAGGCCCUUGCCGGACGGCGGUAUUUGGGGCAGCGGUUAGAGGGGAAGUGGAAAUGUUUUGGUUUUUGAUAGAGAGGGGGGCAAAUUUGAAGGUGUUGGGUUGCCAUGAUAGAGAGAAUGCUUUAAGAGUCGCGGAUGAGAAGAGAGACGAAGGGUUAAAACAGCUCUUGCUUAAUGCAGGAGUGUGCAGAGAAGAGUGAGGGUAUGUGACUUAUUCAGAAAAUGAUGUUGCUCUGCUUCGGUCUUUAACAGUAGCGAAUUCUGGAGAUAGAGGGACGACUACAAACAUUGAACGGAUAGUGAUCUGACC